CGCUUUGUAGCAGCAGAAAAUCUCUUACCUUCAAAUCAUUUCAUUCUUCACCUUCUUAUUACUUAAUUUGUAUCUCUGUGUCUCUUUGAAAAUAAAGAAUUAUAUGAAUAUGAAACUAAACACCAUUGCAUUGAUCAUUGGCAUUGCAUUUUCUGUGUGGUCUUCAAGCUGCACAGCUGCACGAGUCAGCCACUGGAGGAAACUCAAAGCUGCCUAUGCUACAACUUUUAAUGUGUUAGACUAUGGUGCUAAAGGUGAUGGACAUGCAGACGAUACAAAGGCCUUUCAAAAUGCAUGGGUAGCUGCUUGUAAGGUGGAGGGCUCAACAAUGGUUGUUCCAUCUGGUUCUGUAUUUUUGGUGAAACCAAUCUCUUUCUCAGGCCCUAAUUGUGAGCCAAACAUUGUUUUUCAGUUGGAUGGCAAAAUCAUUGCACCUACAGGCUCUGCAGCUUGGGGAUCUGGUACCUUGCAAUGGCUUGAAUUCUCAAAGCUUAACAAGAUUACAAUCAGAGGCAAAGGUGUCAUUGAUGGUCAAGGCUCUGUUUGGUGGAAUAAUGACUCUCCCACUUACAAUCCCACAGAAGUGAUGCUGGAAAGCAAUGGAAGACUUCCUAGCACAAAACCAACAGCACUCAGGUUCUAUGGAAGUGAUGGUGUAACAGUCACAGGCAUAACAAUUCAGAAUAGUCAACAAACCCAUCUCAAGUUUGACUCUUGCACAAAUGUUCAAGUCUCUGGCAUUAGCGUUUCAUCACCUGGUGAUAGCCCCAACACUGAUGGAAUUCACUUACAAAAUUCUCAAAACGUGGUUAUCUAUAGCAGCACACUUGCUUGUGGUGAUGACUGUAUCUCUAUACAAACUGGUUGCUCGGACAUAUAUGUACACAAUGUCAAUUGUGGGCCUGGCCAUGGAAUCAGCAUUGGAAGUCUUGGAAGAGAGAACACCAAAGCCUGUGUUAGAAAUGUCACCGUCCGAGAUGUUACUAUCCAAAAUACUCUCACUGGUGUCAGAAUUAAAACAUGGCAGGGUGGGUCUGGCUCGGUCCAAAACAUCAUGUUCUCCAAUGUUCAAGUUUCUGGGGUUCAAAUUCCAAUUUUGAUCGACCAAUACUAUUGUGAUGGUGGCAAGUGUAGGAAUGAAUCAUCAGCUGUGGCAGUGUCAGCCAUACAUUAUGUGAAUAUAAAGGGAACAUACACUAAGCAGCCUAUUUAUUUUGCAUGUAGUGACAACUUACCUUGCACUGGCAUAACCCUUGAUACCAUACGGCUAGAAUCAGCCCAAGAAACUAAAAAUUCCAAUGUUCCAUUUUGUUGGGAAGCAUAUGGGGAGUUGAAGACCAAAACAGUCCCUCCCGUUGAAUGUCUUCAGAGAGGAAACCCAUCAAAAGCAGGUGGAAUCAAUUCUAAAAUUGAUUCUUGCUAAAUUUAUCAACACAAUGUCAGGGAUAUAUAGAUUAACAUUAUUAUAUAUACAUACCAUGGAAAGUUGUUACUAGUUAGUUAUCAUGAUAUCUUAAAAUUAGUUCACAUUCAUGUAAUAUAAUUCUCGAUUCAGUGGAUUGUAAUAUGUGUGCCGAAAAGAUGUUGGGGGAGAAGAUUUACUAGCCACCAUAUGCUUAGAUUUAAAAAUGUAUCUAGUGGAAAGAAUGAAUUAGCCUUAUGAUAUAUCAUUUUUUUCCCAAUU